UAAAAACAAAAACUGACUCUGCUUCUUGAAACCCAACAUUACCUAAGUCUUUUAUUUUCUUAUAAGUAAACGUCAAUUAAUUAUGAAAAUAAUGAAAUUGAUUAUUAUGUGAUCCGUAGGGUAUACAUUUUUGCAACCUAAUUGCCUCUUCUUCCUAUGAUCAGUGACAAAUUCAAAUAAACAAAAAUAAAUCGUUGAAGAUCGUUUCUUUAAUUGUUUGGAAGCGCUUUUCUCCUGCAGGUAAGUUUCCUUUAAUCCAUCUACCAAAUCAAAAACUUUGAAUUCUGUCCUUGAUUGCAAAUUCCAGCGUUUUUCGUUUUCCGCCAUUAAAUUUGUUUCGCUCAUUGUUUCAUCCUUUUGGUGACCAAAAAAGAAAAAAAAAAAGUUUUAUCAUUGAAUUGGGGGAUUCUUGAGGAUCUUGCUUCAUGUUAUUGUCUUUGAUUGUUCAUUUUAUCAAUUAGGGUUUUGGGUUCAGUUUUUUUUUUUUUUUUUUUGAUUUUUAUCUUGCGGAGUGUCUGCUGAGUUGAUUGUUUCAGAUGACAAUGUACUGUUUCUUCAUGAUCAUCUAAUUUUCAUUUUAGCCUCAAAUUUAUUAGACUAUAGCUCUGGAGGAUUUUCAUUACAGUUGCUUUUGCUAGUUUUUUUCCAAUCAUUUUCAUUCUUAAAGCCUCAGUGUCAGUUCCAGGCCAUGUUUGAGUCAUUUGGUUGACAAAGCUUUGUUCUUUUCACCAAAUUUGUGCUGUUUGAUUACAGCUUAUAUUGCUCAGGUGCGUUUCCAAACAUACCGCAGGAUUGGCUUCGUUUUGCUGACUUCUCUGGAUUCGAUUCACGCCAGAGGGAAUUCCAUUUGAUUAAUAACUUUCAUUAUCCGUGAUAGAUUUGUGGGAAAAAUAAAUUCAAUGCAGUUCAGAGUCAAACAUCUCCUUCUUUUAUUCUUCUUCAUUGUCUUCCUUGAAUGCAUUACAGCAGAUGGUCAAAACGAAAUUUCAGAAAGGAUAAGAGCUCCCCACAAAAAUGUAGGGAACAAUGUUAUAGAUGGCACUGGUACAGAGAAGGUGAUAAGUUUUGAGGAGGACGACAAAACAAUGGGUGACUGGAAGGGCAGUUACAACAGAGUUUCUGUGUCCACAGUUGCACUUUUUACAUUAGCAAUGGCUGCAGCAACUGGUUUAGGUGCAGUUCCAUUUUUCUUUGUGGAGCUUGAUCCUCAGUGGGCUGGGAUAUGCAAUGGAAUGGCUGCUGGUGUCAUGUUGGCUGCAAGUUUUGAUCUCAUACAGGAAGGGCAGGAACAUGGUGCUGGAACUUGGGUUGUAAUUGGGAUUUUAGCAGGUGGCAUUUUUAUUUUGCUUUGUAAGAAGUUUCUUGAACGAUAUGGGGACAUAAGUAUGCUGGAUAUAAAAGGAGCAGAUGCAACUAAAGUUGUUCUUGUCAUUGGAAUUAUGACCCUCCAUUCAUUUGGAGAGGGCUCUGGUGUUGGAGUUUCCUUUGCUGGCUCAAAAGGUUUUACUCAAGGCCUUUUGGUAACUUUGGCCAUAGCUGUACAUAACAUACCAGAGGGAUUGGCUGUGAGCAUGGUGCUUGCUUCAAGGGGUGUUUCUCCACAGAAUGCAAUGCUAUGGAGUGUAAUUACAUCCUUACCACAGCCCAUUGUAGCAGUUCCUUCUUUUAUAUGUGCUGAUGCAUUUAAUAAAUUCCUGCCCUUUUGUACUGGUUUUGCCGCUGGAUGUAUGAUCUGGAUGGUCGUUGCUGAGGUUCUCCCUGAUGCAUUUAAGGAAUCUUCGCCAACUUCAGUGUCAUCAGCAGCUACGCUUUCAGUAGCAUUCAUGGAAGCACUUAGCACUCUAUUCCAGAACUUCAGCCAUGACUACAAUUCUGAGGAUGCUUCUGGCUUCUUUGUUUCAUUACUUUUUGGUCUUGGUCCUUUACUGGGUGGGCUUGUUCUUGUUGCAUUUGCUCUUGCUUUCCACCUUCAGCAUGCCCUUCUCAUGGGUGCUGCAUCUGGCAUUGCCUUCGUCCUUGGAGCCUGGCGACCAGUACAACUACUUGUGUAUUCAAAGAUGGGAUUCUUCCCACUUAUGUCACUACUUAUGAUAGGCGCUGCAUUUGUCCAUGUUUCAAGCUCUAGUAUUUUGAAAAUUUUAUGUAACAAAAGAGCUUCUUCAAAUAAUCUACCAUCAGUACCAGGAGUUACAGUGAGUGUUCUUACGCUUCAGUCAUUUUUAGCAUGUGGAACAGUGGCUUUCCAUGCACUGGCUGAGGGGCUUGCACUAGGAGUGGCUGCACCAAAAGCUUAUGGACUUGGCCGGCACAUGGUCCUUCCUGUCUCCCUUCAUGGGCUUCCUCGAGGUGCAGCAGUGGCCAGCUGCAUCUUUGGUGCUAUUGACAGUUGGCAUGGCUCUCUUGCAGCAGCUGCUCUCAUUGGCUUUGUAGGCCCAAUAUCGGCAAUCGGAGCAAUAUUGGCAGGUAUUGACUAUAGUGGUCUGGACCAUGUGAUGGUGUUGGCCUGUGGAGGUUUGGUCCCAUGCUUUGUUAGAAUAGUUCAAAGAGCAAUAAGGUUGGAUAUGCGAAAAAGCAGCUGCGGACUUGCUGUAGGAGUUGGUUUUGCUACUUUAUGUUUAACAUGCACCAGGUUAGUUUGCCUGCACACACCUUACUGCAAUUCUGCUCCAGAGGCUGUCAGAUAAGAUGAUGCGCUCAAGCACCAUAUUGCUUUAACAAAUGCUUGAAUAUGGCCUUUGCAUUAGCGUUUACUGGUUUGUUUGUAGAACAGAAUCAUGAAAGAAAAAGAUGUAAAGGAAGGCCUCAAAUAGGAAUAGGAUUUACAGUUCCACAUGAUAAGAUAGGGUUUCUAGUAUAAACUAGUUUUCAUCUUUAUACACAAUUUUAAUGCUCAUAAGGGGGAUCGGGAUUUCCUUGUUGGGCUUCUCCUGAAUAUUCGUUUCGUAUGAUAUCUUAGUUCUGAUUUAAGAUUUUAAGAAUGUUUAAAUUGAGACAGAGUACAUGUCAGAUUGUUCAUGGAUUCUCGCACUUGUGUUCCAUUUAAGAUACUUUGUACAAAAAUUACUGAGAUGAUAACCUCCACCUCAUUGAGGUAAGCAUCUUUGAAACUUUGAAAAUAACGUAGAAAAAUGCAACUGAAAAACAAGCUGUGUGCGAGCUAUCUCAACCAACCCAUGAAAUAUCGCAUCAAGCCCGGUACAUCUUGGAUCUUAUUACAAGUACAUCCAACAUCCAAGUUAUGGACAAAGGCAGGGAAAAUGCCUAAAACAGCUAAGCUAAUGAAGAAAAAAAAAAAAAA